GCAGCAACUCCAAAACUUUCAAUCUUGAAUUAAUUCACGACAUCGACGACCAGAUUCGACCAACACCGCCAAGAUGUCGAUGUUUCGGGCCAAAAAGCUAGAUAUUGGCUGUUAUGUCAAUAUAAAGACAAUCCGAGAUCACUCCAAGCGAAAGGCCUUCGCUCAAUUCGAGCCUGAAAGACAAGCUCUCCGAUAUAUCAUCCGAAAUACCACUCUUCCCCCGCGAACUCGAGCCGAAGCCCAGCUACAAUUGACACAAAUGCACUGCUAUACCCGACCCACACAAAUCCGAGGGCGAUGUAUUUUAGGUGGCAAGGGGAGAGGUAUAUUCCGUGAUUUCAAGCUCUCAAGAUAUAACUUCAGAAUGCAAGCUCUAGCAGGUAACCUCCCAGGUGUGCGCAAAGCUAGCUGGUAGAAUGAAUAUGGCAGCAAGAGGAGGUUGUAUGAUAUACGGACACGCUAUAUCGAAUCACGAUAGAUAUUCGCGGCGCAAUGGAUGUAUAUUAUUGUAUUAGGACCUCACAACUUGAACGAGACCCCUAUUUUAUGAUCGCGACUACUACACCGAUUUCGGACUCGAGAGUCUUAUCGUUAUGUGAAUAGCUCUUUCUGGUUUUAUUUAUUAGGGAAUUAUGGCGGGGCAGAUUACUCCUCCUUUAAGCACAAGGAAGGGAAAUUUAAGUUUUAGAAUGCAUGUCUUGAAUUUCUGAGGUAGGUACGAACGG